GCUCCAUCCACCAGCUCCAUGAGCUUCCAACCCAUAAGGGUCCAUCUGAUUUAAUUGUCACGGAGUGGAUAUCACGCCAGACAAAAUGCGGUCCCUCCUUCUUGCGACUGCGGUUCUAUCCGUGUUCGCUCCAAACAUAUGCUCUGCUGAGCCUAAUGUGACGACGCCACUCUCGUCCCGACAGAUACUCCCAAGCACUUUCAAGCCUCCCCAGGUCUUCCAGAAUGUCAAUCUCUUGCGAAACAUCAAUCUUGAGAAAUCUUAUGUCAAGCAAUCCGUCAAUGUGGUGAUUGAGAACACGGAUUCCAACCCUCAGGAUGAAUACUACGUCCCCUUCGAGGCCGACGUCAUGGCCAACGUCGGCAGCUUCGACGUAAAGGACAAGAAGGACCCUGAAAAGGGCAGCUUUGAGGUCGAGGCAAUUGAGUUUGAUACCUACAGUCCCACUCAAUUCUUCCGCGUCCGGCUCCCCGAGCCGCUCAAGCCUUCGACGAGACUGACUCUCGCCAUCUCCUACACUGUUCUCGACGCCUUGCAGCCUCUUCCUGCCACCAUUGAGCAGACGGACAAGCAAUACCUCCAGUACACAUUCAAUGCGUACAGCUCCAGCGUGUACCCAACCCAGAAGCAAAUGACCAAGCUGAAGCUCCCUACGAGUGAUGUUCCCGACUACACUGUGCUUCCCGGCGAGGACAACAAGGAAUUCCCCGAGAAGCAGGGCUCUUCCUUUACCUACGGCCCCUUCGGCAGUGUCCCCGCCGGGGCUGCCGAGCCCGUCAGUGUGCGAUACGAGUUCACCAAGCCCUUGAUCCACGCCACUCUUCUAGAGCGUGACAUUGAAGUCAGCCACUGGGGCGGCAACCUCGCGACAGAGGAGCGGUACUGGCUUGUCAACAAUGCCGCACAGCUUUCCAAGAACUUCAACCGCGUCACGUGGCAAGCAACGCAGUACUACUCGCCACCAACCGCUGCUCUGAAGAUGCUCACCGUACCCCUCCGCGCCGGCUCCGAAGACGCUUACUUUACCGACGACAUUGGCAAUGUCUCCACCAGCCGAUUCCGGAGUAACUCGCGCGAAUCUCUCCUCGAGCUGCGGCCCCGCUACCCCAUGUUCGGCGGCUGGAAGUACAGUUUCCGGAUCGGCUGGAACGGCAAUCUGGCCAAGUACGUCCGCAAGCUGAGCGCAGGCGACACGUAUGUGCUCAAGGUGCCUUUCCUCGAGGGACCCAAGCAGAACGAGGGUAUCGAGUAUGAGCGGGUCGAAGUCAAAGUCAUUCUUCCCGAGGGCGCAAAGAACGUCAAAUACGAGACCUCCAUCCCCGUCUCAUCCGUCGAGCAGUCCCUGCAUCGUACAUUCAUGGACACGCUCGGCCGCACCACACUCGCCUUCACCGCGCUCAACGUCGUCGACCAGGCCCGCAGCGAAGAUCUCAUCAUCACCUACGACUACCCGUUCACCGCCGGCCUGCGCAAGCCCUUGACCCUUGUCUUUGGCAUGCUGGCCGUCUUCACCAUCGCGUGGGCUCUUGGUCAACUAGACACUAGCAUCGCCGCGGGCAAAAAUAACGUCUUCAAAUCCUCUUCAUCAUCCUCUUCGUCCCCUUCUUCUUCUCCUUCUGGCCCUUCUGCUUCGUCGGCUCGCGCGUCAUCCAAGCCCCACUCGGCUUCAAGCGGACAGUCCACUCCGGUAUCCAAGGGCGCGACUACCUCUUCGACAGCCGGCGCUUCUGGGUGAGAGAACGAGAGAGAAAAAAAAAUUAAAAGAUUAAUACUGCGUUCUUGAUCUCAAAUGUCGCUCUCUUGAUUGAUGAACAUAUAUAGUAGUAACUAGUUAGAAUUCUAGAAAAAAGCUAAAGUUUGUGAAGAGAU